AUGGCUGUCGAGCAAGAGAACUUCGUCCACCUCGCGAGGCCGCUGGCGCCAACCAACCUGGGUUUCUCUAGCAGUGCCCCGCUUACCGUCAACAUCCAGCCCCAAGCAGUCUUCUCCGUCAUCGACCAUGCCGUCCGCCGCGACACCCGCGACACCCAAUCGACACGAGUGAUCGGAGCCCUCGUCGGCACCCGCAGCGAAGAUGGCAGCGAAGUCGAAGUGCGCAGCACCUUCGCCAUCCCGCACACCGAGAACGAAGACCAAGUCGAAGUCGACGUCGAGUACCAAAAGAACAUGCUGGCCCUAACCCUCAAAGCCUCCCCGCGCGAGACCCUCCUCGGCUGGUACACCACCUCCCACGAGCUCAACAGCUUCUCCGCGCUCAUCCAAAACUUCUUCGCCUCCCCGGAAACCGGCACCGCCCCGCACCCGGCCGUGCACCUGACCAUCUCCACGGAACCGGGCGCCUCCAUCGAGACCAAAACCUACAUCUCCGCCCCCGUCGCCGUCUCCCCCGACCGCGCCUCCGAAUCCUGUCUCUUCAUCGAGGUCCCCCACAAACUCCUCUUCACCGACGCCGAGCGCGCCGCCCUGGGCACCGCCACCGCAGCCGCCAGCACGGAAACCCGCGCCGCCCCCGUCAUCUCCGACAUCGAAACCCUCGCGCAGUCGCUCGAGUCCGUCUCCGACCUCCUCGAGCGCGUCUCCUCCUACGUCGGCGAGGUUCUCGACGAAGAACGCGACGGCAACCACGCGCUGGGCCAGUACCUGAUGAACGCUCUGUCCCUAGCCCCCAAAGUCGACCCCACCCAAAUCGAAUCCGACUUCAAUAACCACGUCCAGGACGUGCUCAUGGUCAGCUACCUGGCCAAUACCAUCCGCACGCAGAUCGAUCUGGCCCAGCGCCUGGCUACCGCUCCGCUUGUUGGGGGGGAUGGUAAAGAAGGUGGUGAUGGGAAGGGUAAGGAUGGUGAGGAUGGUGGGAAGACGGAGGGCGGUGAUCGCCGGGGUGGUGGUGGGAGGGGUGGGAAGCGUGGCGGUCGGGGUGGUGGCCGUGGUGGUGGACAAAGGGGGGAGCCUAGGGAGCCGAGGGAACCGCGGGAGCCGAGGGAGACUGAGUGA